AUGGCCUUCACUCCCACUCAGCGCAAGGACACCUACCCUUACAUUUCGUUGGACAAAGCAGAUUUUUCUGGGAAGUCUGUUUUGAUAACCGGAGCAUCCAGGGGCAUAGGCAAAGCCACCGCCAUUGCCUUUGGCACAGCGGGCUGCUCCAAGAUCGCUGUUGGAGCUCGAUCCGAUCUAUCCGCAACUGCAGCCGCCGUCAUCUCUGCCGCGACUGCAGCUGGGAAACCAAAGCCACAAGUCGUCAUGUUACAGCUAGACAUUUCAUCUCCCGAGUCCGUCAAAGCCGCAACCGCCAAAUUGUCGCUUGAAUUCGACGGAAAACUCGAUAUCCUCUGUAACAAUGCCGCAUACCUCGAAACAUGGGGCAUGGUCAUGGACUCGGAGCCAGCGGACUGGUGGCAGACUUGGGAAGUCAACGUGAAGGGCACCUAUCUCUGCGCGCGGCACUUCCUCCCGCUGAUCUUGCGAUCCGACUCGAAAACCAUUGUCAACGUAACCAGUUCCGGCGCUAAUGUGGUUGCUCGAGGCUGCUCAGCUUACGAGACUUCAAAAGUGGCCGUCACGCGGUUCACCGAAUUCCUGGUGGAGGAGUAUGGGAGUCAGGGUCUCGUGGCGCAUGCUUUCGAUCCAGGGUCAGUUGACACAGAUAUGGCCAGAAAGUUGCACGAGGAUAUGUACACCUUUUUGAAAAUGGACGCGGUUGAUCUGCCGGCGGAUACUACGGUGUGGCUGGUACGGGAAAGGAGAGAGUGGCUUACUGGGAGGUUUGUAAGCUGUAGCUGGGAUAUGGAGGAAUUAGAGGAGAGGAAAGAGGAGAUUGUGGAGAAGGAAUUGCUGAAGUUUAGGAUUGCGAUUAAAGCAAAGAUGUAA